GCCUGGCGGCACUUCCGGAGUGGGCAGAAGGACGGGGUCUGUCUAGGGUACCAGCCCCGCGACCCCUGUGGCCCGAGCUUCGGGAUGUCCGCGUGCAGGGUGUCCCAGCUUUCCCGAAGGAUGAGGCAAAAAAAACAGCGACUGGCAGAGGCAGAGCAGCCACAGAGCCCGUCAGAUACAGCCCAGACACAUUCUCUCAAGGAGCCGUGUGUGGAACUGCCCACGACCCUGGGCCCUUACUGCAGUGUCUAUUUCUCAAGCCCAAAGGGCAAUCUUACCCGACUAGGGUUGGAAUUUUUCGACCAGCCGGCAGUCACCCUCGCCCGGGCAUUUCUGGGACAGGUCCUGGUCCGGCGACUCCCCAAUGGCACAGAGCUCCGAGGCCGCGUUGUGGAGACCGAGGCAUACUUGGGGCCAGAAGAUGAAGCCGCCCACUCAAGGGGUGGCCGGCAGACCCCCCGCAACCGGGGCAUGUUCAUGAAGCCAGGGACCCUGUACGUGUACAUCAUCUACGGCAUGUACUUCUGCAUGAAUGUCUCCAGCCGAGGGGAUGGAGCCUGCAUCCUUCUGCGAGCACUGGAGCCACUGGGAGGCCUGGAGACCAUGCGGCAGCUUCGCAGCACCCUCCGGAAAGGCACUGCCUGCCGCAUCCUCAAGGACCGUGAGCUCUGCAGUGGCCCCUCCAAGCUGUGCCAAGCCCUGGCCAUCGAUAAGAGCUUUGACCAGAGGGACCUGGCCAAGGAUGAGGCCCUAUGGUUGGAACGUGGCUCCCUAGGGCCCAGUGAGCAAGCUGUGGUGGCAGCAGCCCGGGUGGGCAUUGGCUAUUCAGGGGAGUGGGCCCAGAAGCCCCUGCGCUUCUAUAUCCAGGGCAGUCCCUGGGUCAGUGUGGUGGACAAAGUGGCUGAGCAGGAUGCACGAGCCUGAGCAAAGUACCUGCUCAGACAAGGCUUUUUAAUUGUUUAAAAACCAAAUAAAUCUUUUAUUUCUAGAAAA